UGAGGGUCGUUGGCAGUCCAUCUCGAUGGACUCUAUCGGUCCUCUUCGACCUCCGACCCCCCGCGGUCAUGAUGCUAUCCUGGUCGUCGUCGACCRCUUCACGAAGCGUGCACGCUUUGUUCCGUGCCGCUAUGCCAUCAGUGCACGUGASGUYDYCRACAUYGUAUUUGACCGAGUCGUGCGUGACCACGGCUUACCUCUGAGCAUCAUAUCUGACCGUGACCCGCGCUUUACCAGCCGAUUCUGGCGACGGCUCCACGAGGUGUACGGCACUCAGCUCCACUUCUCCUCGCCUUACCAUCCUCAGACUGAUGGUCAGACCAAGAUCACGAAUAGUACUCUCGGGAAUAUUCUCCGAAAGAUUGUUCGUGACGACCAGCAGUGGGAUCUCCAUCUUGCCCACGCGGAGAUAGCCUACAACCACGCCGUCUCGCCAGCCACGGGAAUGUCGCCUUACUAUUGCGACCUCGGCUAUCACCCGCGUGUUCCCGCGGACUUCCUUCGACCGUCCCAGAUGCACCUCGACACGAGUUGUCCUGCGCUGGAUGAUUGGGUUGCACACAUGACGUCGAUUAUGAAGACCGCACAUGAGCACAUAGCCGCUUCCCAGACUCGCAUGGCAGCACGUGCGAACCGAUCGAGGAUGGACCACCCAUUCAAGGUCGGUGAUGAUGUGYUUAUCGACGCCCGCCACUUACAGCUCGAAGCGGACACGCUUCGCAAGUUUCGRCGUCGCUUCUUUGGCCCAUGCCGCAUCCUCCAGGCCGUCGGUUCUGAUACGGCAUCUAGCCCGGUCAGCUUUCGUGUGAAGCUGCCCGACUACCUACGCCAGGCUCGUGUGCAUGAUGUCUACCACGUCUCGUUACUGCGUCCUUGCCGCAGACCGUCUGAGCGUUUCGCUGGACGACCAUACGAGCGCCCUCCACCCAUCAUGGUGGACGGCCACGAGGAGUUCCUCGUUUCAGACAUCAUUGGUCGCCGAGUCACCGACGACAACCCUCCGCACGCCGAGUAUCUCGUACGUUGGAAGGGUUACCCUGAUGAGGAGGCUACCUGGGAGCCCCUCGAGCACUUGCAGCACGCUCGCAUGUUGGUGCGUGCCUAUGACCGUGGUCGUCGUGCUGGGUUCACUGCUCCUCCUCAGCCCACUGACCCUCCUCCUUCUCCUCCGGCUAAGGAGACCGCUGAAGUCGAGCCUACUCCAUCUGAGGCAGACCUUCAGCAGCAGCCGGAUGCCUCUGAGCGUCCACAGCGCACUCGUCGUCGUCCUGCUCGAUACGACGAUUGACUCUGACUUACCUUCCCACGUCUUUGACUUCUCAGUACUCCAUCCACAUCAGUUUAGCUACUUCAGC